CGUUAUCCCAUUAAUACAAAACUUUCGAACUUUUCUUGUGCAAAAUGGUGCUUGCCGACUUUCUUUCUGAAACGAGAAGACGCUGGUUGAAGGCCUUCAAGCUAUUCAAAGGCAACAAGCACCGCAAGAGCUCCCGCAACCGCGUGUCUCCCUCUCUGGUUCGCUCACCCUCGUAUAACGGCACGGUCGACGCGCGCUCAGAAAUAGACGUUCACAAAUUCUGUGGCUGCCGAACUUCUUUACCGCCACUGACCAACGAGACCUUACACUACAACAGCUACAACAGCUCCAAUAGCUCGCGGAUCGACAGCCUGGAUAGCUACCGGACAAACGAAUCGCGAACGGAUUCAGCUUAUGACUCGGCCAGGAGUAGUCCGGCGCGGGUCUGUCACGCCACAGUCACGUACUUCAACGUGAACGAUAGCGAGGACAGCAGCAGCGUCCGCACGGAGUACACCCUGCUCGACGACGCGGACCGCGACCUGGAACAGGACGAGAGCACGCAGAAUAUCAUCAACGAAAGCCUGGAGCUAGUUAGUACAUUAUGA